AUGGCGUCAAGAGAAUCUGGUAGAGUAAAGGAUGCUGAAAAGCGAAGGGUUUUGGACGAUGCAGCAAGGAAACGAAGAGCUAGGAAAGCCAUCGAGGCUCUCGAACUGGACAAUUUCCACGAAGACCCCCACGCAGAUCUGGUUAUGUCAAAGAAAGUGCCUAAGUUUGCGGAUUCGAAUGAGAAACCCACUCGGAAAAAAAAAGCCAAAAGCGCUGAGUAUUACAAAAUGAGAUUCAGGAAAACAUUUGCUCAAUUAGUGGAGGAGGAUGCCAGUUUUAGACCAGAACCUCCUAAUUAUCUGUCAGCACAAGUACCACCUUCCAAGUUUCCUGACCGUCAUUUCUGUGCUGUUUGUGGGUUUCCCUCAAACUAUACGUGCAUUCCUUGCGGCGCUAGAUACUGCUGCGUUCGAUGCCUCGGAACGCACUUGGAUACACGAUGCCUCAAAUGGACUGCCUAG